CUGUAUUUAUCCAGUGACCACAGGACCUUCCUGAGGUCAGCCAAGAAGUCCUGGCUCCAGGAGGUGCACCUGACGGACGAGGCCUCAUACCUAGCCAGGUGGCAGGCCACCUUCCUGGACCCCCAGCUGCGCCUGGAGCAUGAAGGGCUCCCGGUCCGGGCAAAUGAAAAAAUUCUCAUCUAUCACUGUCAGACAAAUCAGGGCCUGGCAGUCCACCGGCAGCUUUUCUUAAGGACCUAUUUUGGGAAGGAAGUUGAGGUUGCUGCUCACACACAUCUGGAUUCACACAGAGCUGAGAAGCCAAAGAACUACUGGAUGUUGGUCACUGGGAAUCCCACGGAUGCCUCGUCCACCAUGCUGGGCCUGCGUAGACAGUCGGCCGAGGACACUGGUACCAUGGUGCCGGCUGUGGUCUGUCACACAGAGUGACAUGUCAGGCACAUGUGUGAUCUGAGCUCAGCUCUAUCAGAUCCACCUUUAAAGGACAUUGCCAGGCUCCAUCAUGCCUUGAGCCAUUCUGAGUAAAGUGGGGAGCUCUCUGAACAUGACAUUGACAUUAAAGCAAAGGCUGUAUUAAGAUCAGUGAGUCCAUAGUGGGAUUCACAGGAACACAGCUCUGGGGAACAAACAGCCUUGGAAAUGGCAAAUGGGGGCUUUUUGGCCAUAGCCAAAUCCUGAAGAACUCAGCAGCUCCUGGUUGGAGCCUGACCCACAGCAGGUCCUACCAGGACAGUUACUUCAGAGAGCUGUCCAUAAGAAAGCUUUCCCCUCCACUGUACAGUGGGGGGUAGCUGUGGGCUGAGGUCUCGUCUUGGCAUUAAAAACUUCCCUCCCAGGAAAA